AUGAGUGAUGAUGAUCGUGGUCGACGCCGGGCGAGACGCAAGAAACGCAACAGCUUCAUCGGCACGGUGAUGGGAAUUGUUGGUCUCGGAGGCGGGGGAAACGGGGGGGAGGAGGAGGAGGAGGAGCCUCACACCGCCGCAGCCGCAGCAGAAGCAGCACCACCACUUUCACCCACUCCCGAUGCCGGUGCCAGGGCAGCCACACCCAGUCCGGACGGAACUCGGCAUGAUGCCAACAGCUCCCAAGGUACGCCAACAAGAGGCCAUGCUGGUGGUGUUGGUGCUUCGACUGCCUCCCGUUCGCCCGUGCGGGGGCACGGCUCGAAGCAGACGCUGCAAGGAGCCGCUCGCUCGGCUUUGAGGGCGCUAGGCCAGCCUCCUGCUGGGGCUGCUCCUGCCGCCGCCUCCGGCAGCGCUGGAGGCAAUAGGAAGGGGAAGGGGAAAGCCGGGUCCAGUGCGGACGACGAGGAUGUGGAAGCCGAAGACGAGGAGGCCGAUGUCCCUAACGCUAAGGGGAAAGGGAGAGGGAAGGGGCCGAGUCGAGGCCGCGCCGUGGUCAAGACCGAGAGCGCGGGAGGAAGGGUCUCCGCAGGCCUGGACGAAUGGACCGAGGGCGAAGCCCUUGCUAGCCUCCGCUACGCCGGGAAGCCGCUCAUGACCAUGCGCGUGACCGAUCUGAAGGAUGCGCUCGUGGCGUUAGGCCUGGCCUACGCGGGGAACCAGCCCGAGCUGCGCAUGCGUCUGGCAAAGCGUCUGUGCGCAGACCUCGCCGGAGGUAGCCCGGGGAUGGCGAGCAUGGAGGGCUUCGCGACAGGCGCCAGCUCUCCGGGCUCAGGGCUGGAGUCGACGGAGCAGUCGUCGGCGCGCGAAGCUCGGCGCAUCAAGAGGAGAACGCUUAGGACCCUCGGAAAGAAGGGUGCAGGCGCAGACACGAAGGACUGCCCCAUCGUGAUCGCUUCGGAUGAAGAGGCCAACGCUAGCGACGCAGCCGCCGAAGCGCCCUCCUCCUCCCCGGCUAGUGGUUCCCCUCCGGCGGCCGACGACGCCCCAACGACCGCCGCGCGGGCGUUGUCUGCUGGGCCCCCGCCUGAAGUGGAAGAUGCCGAGGCACCCGUGCUGACCGAGGCCCUCGCCGUGGAGUUUCAAGCGGGACCCAAGUCUAGCAUGACGGUGGCGGAGCUCCGGAGCUUGAUGACGAGGUUUGGCCUGAAACCCAAGGGAAGGAAGAAGAACGACCUGAUUGACUGCUGGGCACAAGCGGUCAAGGCGAGGCGCUCGAUGAAGCAAGAAGCAGGGGAAGAGAAGAUUGGGGCUGCUGUCGUGAAGGGAGGAAGACAAGGUAGGAUAGACGUCGCUGAGGAUGAAGACCCCGAAGCAUCGGUGGAUGGCGUUCGCGUGGCGGACAUGAAGGUGGCGACCCUCAGGCUCCACGUAGAGCGCAUGGGCCUCAAGGCUACCGGACACCUCAAGGCCGACCUGCAGCGAUGCCUCCGCGACGCUCUUCUCGACGGCCACUCCGGGGGAGGGGGGCACGCGCCCAGGAAGACUGGUAGGAGGGUAAGAGGCGGAGAUGAGGCGGACGCGAAACCCCGACGCGGUCGUGGAGGGCGUCCUGUGGGGAGGGACCCCCCCGCAGCACCAUCUGCGUCUCCCCUUCGGCGCAAGAGGGCCGGCCAAGUCGACCCUUCGCCCGCGCCUGCUUUCCAUCCCGAUCAGGUUUGGUUCCACCAGACGCGAGUGUCGGCCAUGAACCUAGAAGAGAUGCGCGAGAAGCUUCACGAGCUGGACAUGCCGUCCCUCCGCUUGAAGGACGACGAGGUCACCCACGACCUGAUCGACGCCCUGGUACAGCGCAAGGCGGAGGCGGCUGACAGCAACCCUCGCAAGCAGGCGUGGCUUGGCCGGCCCGUCUACAUGAUGAGGAAGGCGGAGCUCGCCGACAUGCUGCGCCAUUUCAACCUUGACGACGCGGGCAAGGUCGACGUCUUGCGUGGCCGAUUCCGCGACGCGCUUCGGAAGUGGGCGGCGGAGGAGAUAGCUCACCCUGCGUCGGGGGGCGGAAGUGCCGGGUGCAGCAGCGGUCGUGAUGGUGGCGGUCGUGGAGCCGGGAGCGGCGGCGGGGUAGCAGACCCCGAGGAAGCGGAGGACGAGGGCCAGGAUGCCUCGGACACUGACGAGGAAAGUGCCGACGAGGGGUUAGUGGCCGGCCGGCCUAGCCGGCGGGGAGGCCGAACGACGCGGCACACCCGCACCAGAGCGGAGGAUGCCGUCGCCGGCGUGGCGAAGCAAGCAGCGCCGGUAAGGGCAAGGCGGAAGGGGGACACGGACACGACCGAGGAGGAGGAGGAGGAGGAGGAGGAGGAGGAGGAAGGCGGAGGGAGAUCGGCGUCUGCAUCGUCGCGACGUGGGCGAGGGGGCAAGAGGACCGGCACGGCUGCUGGUGAGGGAGAGGAGCGGCCACCGACAGACGCCCGCGGCGGCGGUACCAGGGCCGGCCGCCGCCGCGCAGGAGAUGAAGAGGCCGCGUUGUCGCCUAAGAGAGCUGCGUCUGCGAAGGGAAAGGCUAAGGCUAAGACCACCGGCUCGAAGGGUAAGGGUAAGGCUAGCGUGAAGAAGGAGAAGGCGCCCAGCGCGACGUCAGGGAGGACCAAGGCCCCUGCUACUGCUGCUGCUCCUGCUGCUGCUGCUGCUCCUGCUGCUGCGAAGGCAGCCCACGCGACGCGUACCUCUGCAGCUGUGGACGAUGAUGGUGGGUCGGGCGAGGACGCUCGAGAGGAUGAUGCCGAAGGUGACCCCGCCUCACCCGCCUCACCCAUCUCACCCGUCACCGGCGGUGGCCGUCGUCGUGCCGGAAGAGGAAGAGCCCCAAGUCCUGCCUCCAAGAAGAACCCCGCUGCUGCUGCUGCUGCUGCUGCUGCUGCUGCUGCUGCUGCUGCUGCGCCUGUAGCCAAGGGGAUGGGCAAAGGCGCUGAUGGAGAGGCAAGCGGCGGCAAGAGGAAGGCAGUUUCGACUCGGUCUAAGGUUGCCGAUGACGCCGACAACGCCUCCGAAGAUGAUGGAGAUGAUGGCAGUGCCGAGGACGAGGAGCGUCGCCGCAGGAGGAUGACUCGGCGGCGUGGAGGCCGCGCCUCUAGCUCGCCGCCCCCGCGCUCCCCGACCAAGCGCAAGGCUGGCAAAGCGGCCCAACCGCAGGACGGUGAAGUACCGCCAAGUAGUCCGGGCUCGAAGCGCAGCAACACCCGUCGAACCGAGGAGGCGCCGAGCGACGAAGACGAACGCGGUGAUGGGGACGGUGAUGGUGGUGCGGGCAAGAGGCCUCGGAGGGCCGGAAGAGGACCCGGCCGUGGCGGCGGGAAGGCCGGCGGUAGCGGUGGCGGCGGCGGCGGCGGUGGGUCCGGCUCCGAUGGCGAGGGUGCGAGCGACGACAAUGAUACGGAGCCAGAACCUGAGGAGGACGAGGAAACGGAGGAAUCAGGAGGUGAAGGAGAGGAGCCAGAAGAGAAGGGGGACGAGGAUAACCAGGCUGCUGCAGCACCAGCUGCCGCCGCCGCCGGUCGACCAGCACUUCCUGAUUACCCCGUUGACCAGAUCCCGGCGACAGAGGCCGAGACACAAGCCAUGGAGAUCGAUGGUGCCGCUGUUGAAGAUGCCGCUGCUGCUGCUCUGGCCGGGGCUACUCCGACGGCGGGCGGCGGACUCGACGAUGACGAGGGAGGCGAGGGAGACAACGUUCUCCAGUACAUGGACCAGGAUGCCAUGGAUGUCAUGGAUCCCAUGGACGGGGGUGGUUCAGAAGACGGUGACGGUGAGGCAGCCGAAGGGGAAGCGGCAGUGGCAGCAGAGCGGGACGGUGAUGACGAAGACACCGUUGAGGAAAACGUUGAGGGAGCCGCUGAGGGAGCCGCUGAGGGAGCCGCUGAGGGAGCCGCUGAGGGAGCCGUUGAGGAGGGCGUUGAGGAAGCCGUUGAAAAACCCAUGGGCGAGGGUGAUACGGAAGGAGAGGCGGACGGAGGACGUCAGGAGGAGGGGCCAGCAGCGAGUGAGGAUGCUGAGGGUGCUGAGGAUGAGGAUGCUAAGGAUGAGGAUGAGGAUGAGGAAAUGGGGGAGGCACAUAAGGAGGAGGAAGAUGUUGAAGGGCAAGGAGAAGGUGUCGGAGAGGGAGAGGGAGAUGGAGAGGGAGAGGGGGACGACGACAAGGCGAGAGACGUGCCGGACGCAGGAUCGGACAUGGACCAAGAGGGCGAGCUGGCCACCGUCGGCGCAGCAGAUGCACCCGCAGAUGCUCAUUUAGCCGCCAAUGGAGCGCCGGGUGUCGAUGCACAUGCAGAUGCAGAUGCAGAUGCAGAUGCAGAUGCAGAUGGCGACCAAGGAAGUAGCAGCACAGACUUGGUCGACAAUCAAGUCGACGACGACGUCGGUGGGGAGGGAGUGGACGCGGUUGAACGGGAAGAGGAAGAGGAGGAGAUCUACGCUGCUUCGGCAACUGCGUCUCAGCAAAGCCAAGGCGAAGAUGAGGCGGAGGGGGAGGAGGAGGCGGGGGAGGAGGAAGAGGAAGCGGAAGAAGAGGAAGAGGAAGAAGACGAGGUGGUCGAGGGGGGUGAAGAGGAGGAAGAGGAGGGGGGUGUAGUUGAAAAUGGGGUGGUGGCGUCGGAGGAGCAGGUUUCGGCAGAGGCGAGUGGAGAGCAAGAGGAGCAAGACAUUGGUGACGGCGACGACGAUGAGGAGGAAGGGGGUACAGAAGAGGAAGAAGAGCAGCAGGAGGAGGAGGAGGAGGAGCAGGAGCCGGAGGAGGAGGGCGAGGAGGAGGGGGGGGCGAUGGAGGAAGGAGAUGUUGGAGAUGUGGCGGGCGGUGUCGGCGGUGAAGUGAUGAUCGAGAUACAAGAUUCCUCAGAAGAGGACGUUGACCAGGCAGCCAACGCUACGGCGACAGGCAACCAGGACGACGGGCGGCAGGAACGCCACGAAACGGCAGAGAUGGCGAACGGGGAUAGUUGUGUCCCGCCUCUUGACGCUGCCGCUACCGCCGUGACCCCUACUGUCGGUGUGGGCAGCAACGGAGGAGGUGGGCAAGAGCCUCUGCGUGGAACGCACCCGUCGGAUCAAGCACCGGGUUCUGUAGCUGGCGUUGGCGACAUAUUGGCCAGCGGUUCAGCGGCAGCCGGGGACGGCGAGCAAUCAACCGCUGCUGCCCGCGUACAAGACCCGCUCGUCGCCGGCAACGGCGGCGAUGGUUUGCCGCCGGACUCUCAGGCUCAUGUGCCUUCUUCUGAGGGUGAUGCAGGCGCGCUUGUGCCCGGGCUGGCCUCGCCGUCGUCACCUGGUCGGGCAGAUGGUGCUAGAGCCACGGGCAGGGGCAGGGCGAAGCAGCUGAACGAGGAGCUCGACGCCGUCCUCGGGAAGCGCAGCUACGGGGAGAAACGUGACUUGGUAGGCUUCUUGGCGGACCCUACCGCGCGGCCGGCUAACCCUCGCGUCCCCGUGCUCCCUGCGGAGCAGAAGAGGCGGGUGCGGCGUGCCUCCCGACCGGUGGAGAGCUGGGACGAGCGGCCGAUCUUGGCCAUCGACCAGGAGGGCCAGGCCGAGGACCUCGCGGAUGAAAGGACGACCAAAAGGGCGGGUGUGUGGUGCGGGGCGACUGGCGACAAGUGGCGGCGGGCUCCUAGCAGCGAGUGGACGAGGCUUGUACCCACCAUGCAGCGCAGGGCCGGGCAGCCGGCGGUGCGGGCCGUAGCGUCCACGAAGAGGACCCUAGGCUCGGCCUUCGGGGCUUUCACCGCCCUAGGCACGUCCGCCGCGGCAGUCCACCUCGCCGGUGACCUGAGGAAGCUGAGCGCGAGACCGGGCUACGACGGCGACGAGCUUACCCCGAUGCUGCAGCGGCUAGAUGAGCAGGACAGGGACGACGCAGCCACCGCUGCCGCCGCACGACGCCGCCCAGCCCCCGACGCCGGUGCGAUGGCGUCCGGUUUCACGGGUGCUACUAACCUGUCGCUUGUUCGGGCGGCGGCGGCGGGGACGCCAUCCCGCACCCCGAAGCCUGCCAGAGCAGGCGGCGGCUUGGGUGUGGGAGCAGCUCGCGAUCGGAGGCAGAGCGUCGGGUCGGCGUUGCGCUACAGAUCCCGGGAGUUCACGCCCCGCCGGAGGCCGUCGCUAGCAGUGGCAGGGGAGCAGAGGUACGGCGCAGGUACGCUCGGCGAUUGGCUCGGUGAGACACCCAAGCAGCCCCGUCCAGGCCCCGCCGGUGCCGCCGCCGACGGCCGCCGUCGACGCGGCGACGGCGGCGACGCGGAUAGCACUGGCCAAGGGCAGGCUUCGAAGCGCCGUGCGGUGAGGAGGCAGGAAUCACCGCUCCUGGUGCAGGGCUUGCAAGGCCAAGAGAACGGAACUCCCGCCGCAAGCAACAAGCGCGCAGCGUCCUCUCUCGGCCUCGACGGCAUGGACGCGACUCCCCGCAGGAAAACCAUGGCUAUCAUGGAGGAGAGAGCCGUGGCGGAGGAAGGCCGAGAAUUGGUGAGGAGGGUAGCGGCGGAAGCGAAGGCUACGGCUGAGGUGGGCAGCAUCCUCAUGUCGGUGGUGUCGCAGGAGAGCAGGGGUCGAGACGUGACGAGGCAGGUCCGCGAGGAGCAAGGGUUGAGGGAGAGGGAGACCCAGAAGAAGACGGAGCUGAAUCAGAGGGCCGGCGGCAAUCAGCCGACGACCGGGGAGGCUGGCAAGGUCGCCGAUGUGCGAGGCAGCCCCGGGCAUGAGGAGCGGGAGGAGGAGCGCCGCAAACAAGACGACAAGAGGGGUCGGUCGGAGACGGCAUCUUUCACCUUCGCUGCCGCUACCCGGCCCCCUGUUGCCGUGGCUCCUCAAGCCGCCGCGUGGCGAGAGUCGUCGGAGUUCGGGUUCACGACCUCACCGGGCCCAGCUCGACUUCGACUGCAGCAGCAGCAGGAAAACGGUGACGCCAACGAUGGUUGGGGGGACGGUGCCAUGAGCGUCGACAGCCUGUACCCAGACUGCGACGGCGACUUCGCGUUCGGCGCUCCCUCCGCAAGCCACCCUCCCGCCCGCUCGGCGCAGCGGCAGCAGCAGCCUCUGUUCUGCUUCUCGAACCCCCCUCCGGUCAAGCGUGCAUUGGAAUACGGCCAGGGAUCGGAAACGGGGGUGCUGACAACAACUGACGACAUGGGAAGGGACAUCCCAGCAGGCGCCUUUGAGUUUUCGACGAAGCCUCGCAAGGCGCGCAGGACCCGGAGAGGCGUAGCCGCAGGGAAGAGUGCCGUGGAGCAGCAGAUGGCCCCUCUUGCCGUAGCCCCGCUGUCGGUGGCAGGGUCCGGCGACGGCGGCGGCGGCGGCGGCGGCGGCGCCAAGACUUCCGAGCCGCCGGGCGAGUGGAAGUGCGGUGCCUGCCUGGUUAGGAACCCCCCGGAUGCUACCAAGUGCCUUUCUUGCGAAGUGCCCAAGCCAGGAGCAAGCCCUGCAGCCGCGGGCGGGGGGGGCAUCCUGGGCGGUUCAUCUGGCGGGGCCUCUUCGACCCCCAAGUUCACCUUCGGCGUCGUGCCGGACGCUGGGGCUGCUGCGGGCGGAGCUCUUGCUUCGCCUCCCGCUCCUGCUUCUUCUCCUGCUGCUGCCCCCCCGGUCGCGUUCGGCGGCGGGGCGGGGAGCACCGCGUCGGCGUCAACGUCAACCGCGCCUACUGCUGGUGGGUUCGACAUGUCAAAGUUCAGGAAGCCUGGCGAGUGGAAGUGCGACGCCUGCCUGGUCAGAAACCCUCCCGAUGCCACCAAGUGCCUUUCUUGCGAAGUGCCCAAGCCAGGGGCAAGCGGCGGUGCAUCGCCGCCGGCUGCGGGGGGAGGAGGGAUUCUCGGCGGCGCCGGCGCUUCGACCUCCGCGCACAAUUUCUCCUUCGGAGUGCAGCCAGCCAAAGCGGCAGCGGCGGCGACAGCGACAGCGGCGGCUAGCACUGCUCCGAGCGCACCCGGGUUUUCCUUUGGCGCGGCGAAGGCUUCGACGUCUUCCGCUGCAGCGCCUGUGGGGAAGAAGGCCGCUUUCACCUUUGGUGCGCAGCCUGCUGCGCCCGGGGGUGAUAAUGUCGGCGGCGGCGGCGGUGCGACACCGGCGUCGGCGUCGGCUAGUGGGGGAGUGGGACUCCUGGGCUCCCUAGGUGGUACCUCCUCGGCACCCUCUGGCGCCUUUACAUUCCGCGGCGCCCCUUCUGCCAGCGCUAGCACCACCGCCGCCGCCGCCCCACCUUCCAGCGGCAUGUUCGGCAUGCCUUCCGCUUCGCCACAACCGCAGUCGUUUGGAUUCGGCGGAGGCUCUUUCGCUGCUGCUUCUGCUGCUUCUGCUGCUGCAGCUGCUUCUCCACCUGCUCCUGCUGCUAGCGCGCCCACGUUCGGGUUUAAGAUGCCGACCAGUUCUAGCAGCGGCACCUCGGCCACUGGCAGUGCCGCCCCGGUAUUCAGCUUCGGUUCAGGAUCCCUGCCAGCUCCGGCGGGCAACAGUGACAGCAAUGCUGCGCCGACGUUCAGCUUCGGUUCAGGAUCUCUUCCUGCUCCCGCUGGCAACAGCGACAGCAGCAGUGCCGCGCCCGGGUCUUCUUCGUUGUUCACGUUUGGGGCGGGAGGCGGUGCUGCUGGUUCAUCAUCGUCCUCGGGUGCUGCACCGAGAUUCACCUUCGGGCAAAACCCGGCCCCGCCCAAGUAGAGCAAGCUUGAGAGCUGUUGGUUCCGCAAGCUUUUCACCAAUGUUGGGCGGUUUUCUUGCCUCAUGGAGCUCACCCAAUUAGAGCAGCAGCAGCAGCAGCAGCAGCAGCGGCAGCGGGUUGCUCGCAUCAAAUGAGGUCUUCCUCAAAGGUGGGGGGAGAGCUCGCUGUGGUCCCUACCGACAGGCAGCGUUUUCCGAGUUGGACUCUUUUAGAUGUUGAUUUGGCGGGUAGUUUGGUUGUGUGGAGUAUGCAUGUGAUGUGGGGUUUGUCGCGUGCGCGACGUCUCAACCCAAACCAACACCAACACCACCGUCCACCAGUGUACCGACCGACUGACGAUACUAUACUCAAGCACGUGUACGAUGUAGGGGACAGACAUGUGGCGGCCAGAUGAAGCUCAAGGGGAGGAAGGAAGAGAGACCGUGCCAACAAGCUCUGCUGUUAUUUUUGUCUAGAGGGGGGUGGAGGAUAACCUACAGCAGAGAAUUCGGCGGGGGGCGUUUUUUCGUGAUUUCAGCACAUGGGUGAUGAUGUCGCUGUGUAGAGUACAAUGUAGAACUUUUUUUUUUUGUGGUUGGGCCUGUUUCGUCCACAGACGAACAGCGAGUCAGCUCAUGCAUGGCACGAUCAGGCUUUCUGUGAUGCACCUUUUGUUUUCGACGCAGGUGGUGGGUGGUUUGGGUUGUCUCUGUCAUGUGUGGCGAUGGCUGAUUCAGUGACAGCUUCUGUUUCUUGUUGGUGCAUGUUGUCUUCUUUUUGUCAUCAAUUGUGUCGGACAGAGAUUCUGGAAGUCAAUCAUGGACGCAGUGGCUUACGAUCCAACUCGCUGUCGGGACAAGUGUGACUGCUGUAGUGGUUGGAGACAGGAGGAAGAGGUCGAAUUGUGAGGGGUAAGGGUGAGCCAAUCGAUAGCUUAGCUUCUCAUCUCUGCAUGUGGUUUGGUGCCUCAUGCGGACAGCACAGAGGUAGUCCAGGGAG